UCCUUUUCACUGGUAACUCAUCUCGCACGCAGGUCGUGGUUGGUUGUAAUACUUCUGUGUGGGAAGUGUUGACUGGAUUGUGUUUCACAGUCUGCUGCUGUGAGUACUUAUCACUUACUAUUGUCCUUAAACACAGAUCCGCUUUAGAUCUCGCACGGACCCUGAAAUGAAAGAACCUCUGUGGUGUCGACCGUGAGCCGCUGCUCUGUGCUCACAGCCGCACGCAACAGCAAUUAGGAAUAAAGUUUUACACAUUGAAAAGGCAACGAUGUGACAUCAUGAUGCUCUGGGUGUUCCAGGUUGUAGAAAUGACCUGUUGUUGUUCAGUGUCUGCUGUUAGAAAUGAGAACGUGGAAGAAAAAAAACUGCAGUUUUUCUGUGUACUGUUGUUGACUGUGUUUAAUGGUCAACCUCUUCAGUAAACGCGACCUCUCGACCUUUUCUCUGCAGAAUGCCAUGACUGAGGGCGUCAACCUAACAUGCCCUUCUCCGUAGAUGAACCCAUCUGCCCCAAAUUUCAGCCCAACAUCUUUGACCCUCUGCGCUGCCAUGACUGCCUGCGCCAGCGCCACCUGCACUCCGGCUCGGGAGAGACCCCCGAGGGGUCAGAACGGGGGCAGAAACCCUCGACCGACACGUUUGAGAAAAUGCGUUUCGCCGACACUGGAGGUGGGAGUGUGAAAGAUAAACGUGUAGCCUUGACAACCGUCUCAUCCCAGGGCGAGGAAAAGGACACCAGCAGUAGGGAGGACUCUGACUGUGCGUCAGUGGUGAGCAGCUACUGCCAUGUCAGUGGAGGUCGUCCAGGUUAUGGGGAGAGUUCUCUGUGCAUCCUGAGCCCGGACUGUGCGCUGUACAUCUGCGACGGUGACGACGACGACAGCACCGACAGCUGCCGUGAUCAGAGCGACUACCAGGAGUUCAGCGGCUCAGUGAGUGGAGAGGAGGAGUACCUGCCCGUACGCCGCCGCCGCCGCCAUUCGUCCCAAUUCGGCAUGACCCGGCUUGACCCGCCACCUCACCGACCCAACCCUCGGGCUUGGAUGGACGAAGCUCGCAACAGGGACGGCUUCAGCGGGCGAACAGGUAUGAAGGACGACAGAGAGAAGCGUGAAAGCGGCUACUUCUCCUUGGGGAGGGCAGCGGGUUCCCGCUCGCUCCGUGACAACAGUCCUCCUGCUCCUUUUCGUCAUUACGAGAAGGGUCAUCCCAUCUUCGGUAGCAGAAACGUUGAGCCCAAAGACACCGUCCCCUUCAGAAACCCUAACCUCGGCGUGGCCUCCGAGCGGCUGAUACCCGAGCACUUAGACGAGGAUGUUCCUGUGGAAAUCCCACCUCCUGACCCCUACGAAAUUGCAGUGGAGGUUGAAGCUCAGGUCGGUCCUCGCACUCCCAGUCCGACUCCUUUUAAGAUAGCAGAGUCUCUGGCUGCCACGGGUCGGAGGGGCUUCAGUGCCUCACCUAACCGGGGGAACACUUCAUCUCAAGUUUCCUCGCUUCAAAAAUCAGGACGACUUGAUUCAUCGAAGCUCGGCUCAGCCUUCCAAUCUCGCUCUUCUUCUCCAGCGCGUGGGAAUUCGCCAUUCAGGCGGAGCGAGUCCUCUACCUCCCUCAACAAGACCAGCUUCAGUGGUGGGGCCCGGUCUCAUGGAGCAGAGCUAGGAUCCAGAAGCUCCCUGCAAAGCACGCAAACCCGACACUUUGAGUCAGGAACGCUGCCCAGGAACUUCAAAUCCCUUGCUGGUUCUGUUAAAUCCCAGUCCAGCACGGUUUCCGAUUUCAGGAGCGCUUUGAGAAAAAAAGAGGUGAAUGGGUCUUCCAGUUUCCAGGGUCAUGACAGCAGGAGCUCGUCUCCGUCCAGGAGGGACUACAGCGCCCCACGUCCAGUGACGGCCCGCAAAACGGAGAGCAGCAGCUCACAACUCGCUCGUGGACGAGGGAGUCGGACCGGUUCUCCGUCAGGUAGAGCUGAGAGGAGAAGUGAGAGCCCGUCACCACCGAGGAGAACCUACAGCUCCUCCCAAUCCCUGCGCUACAGAUCUGAGUCACUCACAUCCAGACACACUCACUACGGACGCUGUGGCUCCCCCAUAAGGGAGGGCUACGACUUCGAGAGUCAGGCCUUGAUGCGAAAUUCACGGCUGAGAAAUACGCAGGACGAUGAGGAAGACGUACCUGAGAGCCCCGCCCUGUCUCCGCCCAGACGAGGUCGUGACACUCAAAGUCAGUCCAUACUUCGCAAGACGGAAUCGAACCCUGUUGGUAGCGGCCGAGGUUGCAACAGCCGUAGUUCUUCUCCAGGGAAAAGGGGCUUUGAACCCAGCAGUCAGUACCAGCUGAGGAAAACAGAUACGACUGGUUCUACCAACAGCCGCGGCCGUGAAAGUCGUAACCCGUCACCUUCCAGGAGAGGUCAUGAAGCGCCCCCUCAGGCCGUGCUGCGCAGCAGAGCCGAGGGAGGCCGCUCUGCGACAGGUCGUGGCGAUCAAAGUCUUUCACCGUCACGGAAAAGCGUGGAGGUUUCUGAUCAGCGCUCAGUGUGGAAAUCACAAACCAACGGCUCUCUGCACAGCAGGACGCACAGCAGUCGCAAUUCCUCUCCCUCCAGGAAAGAGCCCAGCGACCCACCGGGGUACUCUGUCCUCAGGACUGCCACUAAUGGAGAAUCAGGUCGUUUCAAGCAGAGAAAUAAUAUUAACAACGACUCCAAGUCUGACUCCAAACAUUCCCCAAGUUCCUGGCGAGGAUCUUCUACGUCCCUCCGCAGCUCGUCAUUAUCUCGCACGGCUUCGCCGACGAGGCAGUCACCGAACGGCGGCAGAACGACCUUUGUGACCUCAGACAAACCCAGGAGCUCCAGCAACGUCAGGUCAGGGUUUGGUAGACGUGACCCUGACGACAGAAGACCCGGGCAGCGACCACACAGUCCUUCACCUUCACCUCAAAUCCACCUGCAGAAACUCACCUCCUCUCUGAGCUCCAUGGAGUCCUCAGAGUCGGGCCGAGUGUCCGUGGGCUCCACGGGACGGAACAGGGACGAGUACGCAAUGCUGGCGGACCUGCCAAAAGUCAAACGGAUCCACGUGAGUGAGGAACCGAUGGAUGUGGGGCGACUUCAGAACCAGAAAACCCCCCGCAGACAGGAGCUCUUCAAACCUGCCAGCCACUCUUUGAGCCGACACCCGUCCAGAGAAACGUUGGACGCUGAAGAUAAAGAGUGGCACUACGGCGGCAGUGGGUAUCUGUCCAGAGCCCACUCCUCCACCUCGUUACAGCGCUCCUGCAGUCCCACUGCAGACGAAGGCAGUUCUUGGAGAGGUGGAGACCGUGGGUCAGAACAAAUGCAGGUACGUGGUACGGAUUUGUUCCUUUACUGCCACCAUGUGAUCACUUACUGUAUAAAUGUGCUCUUUAUUUAAUAAUCUGCGGCGGACUGUUCUGUUUAAGCAGUGAGAUCAUGCAGCUGAUCUUUUCCCUCUCAGUACAGAUCUUUGAAGUCGGCGCCACAGCCCCUCCAGCUCACAUGGUUUGAUGCAGUUUUAUUACGGCCGUUUCUAUUUUCAUACGCGCCGUCUUUCUGCUUCAUAUUUACCAGACCCACGCUGGCAGUUUGUCUGGUGUUGACACAUCAUUCUGUCCACAGUCGCAGAGCUUCUCCUGCUGGAAUGUCCUGACACUGGAUGGCUGGCCUUUUUUCUGACUUCUCUACGUGUCCUAUGUGCAUGUGUGUGUGUGUGUGUGCGUGUGUGUGAGUGAGUGUGUGAGAAGACAGAAACCUUCACCCUUCAGGCAUUUCAUAAGACUGACUUAGCUUUGUCGGCUGUGGUCUGCUGGGGCAUGUGUUGAAAUUCCUUCACUGAAACCAAGAGCUACUCAGAAAGGGUUUUGUAGGAGGGGGUGUCACUCUGUAUGCAAGUCCAAAGAUGUUAAAUCCAGAAAAUUUAACCAGUAAAUUUAUUUGAUGUGUCGACAAAGAAUGAGGUCAACUUUUCCACGUCUUUCUAAAUUCUAACCAGGUCUUUAUUUCAUAUUAUCUUUGAAAAUAUAACACAGAAAUAUUUAAUUUAAAUUAAUCAAUUAUUACUCCAAAAUUUACAACUAUAACUAAAUGGACUGCUUUGGUCUAACUUUGGCAAAAAACGUGACAAAAAACGCACCCUAGCAGUGACAAAAAGUUUUUUUUUUACUCCAAAAUGACAUCAGUGACCAGUCCUACUUCCCACCAAUGAGCUAGAUUAAAACACAUUUUUGAUAUAUGACUAAUGAGACCAGGGACCUAUCAUUCAGUCCCCCUGUACCAAUGCAGAUCCCGGGCCCCCCAGUUUUGUUGCGGCAGCUCCUUGUGUGCGUGUGUGUGUGUGUGUUGUUUUUUUUUUUUCUUAUUCUUUUCUCAAACCGUCUUCGCGGAUCCGCCCAGGAAGCAGCAGACAGGAGAGAGCGAAGUCACACGGAACGCUAGCUUCUACCCGCAUGUGCCACAAAAUUAUAACAAUCGUUCGUUUAAUCGUCCAUUAGCGCCGCCAUGUUGGAUCGGAUUCAAGAACUUUCUUCCUAACGCAGGACGAAGUGGUGUUGACGGUCUGUUUGUGUCAGUUAACAUGGAUUUGAAUGGCGGGGUUUUACUCUUGACAACAGUCCGAGUCUGAAACGCUCUCACCACACGACAAGCUGGCUGUAAAGUUUCACAAGAAGAAGAUUUGUUUCCGUUUUUAAUUUUGUGGUAACUGUUCUUUUCUUUUGUCUUUUUUUUU